UAUUCAAUGAAAAGUUUCUGCUGGAACACUUCUAGUGAUAAGGAAUUUUACUUAAUGAGUAAUCAUUCAUUUUCAUAUAGAUUGUUCUUUAUUCUAUUAAGCUAAAAUCUGUUUCUCUAUAAUACCCACCCUUGAUGACUGGGUGGGGCAGUGAAUAGAGGGCACUGAAAUUGGAGUCCAGAAGACCAGCAUUCAAAUACAGCCUCAAGCAUUUACUAGUUAUGUGACCUUCACCAAGUCGGUGUGCCUCAGUUUCCUCAACUAUAAAGUGAAUAAUAGCACAACUUUCAGGGUUAUGAGGAUCAAGUGAGAUAUGACAUCUAUAAGAGUGUUUAGCGCACAGUAAGCACUACAUAAAUGCUGCUGGUCCUUCUCCUCCUCCUAGCUCUGUGCUCUGGAGGCAAUCUGCCUUCUUUGUGAAAUUCAAAGACUAUUGAUGUGGAGUAGAAGCAAGGAGGGUAUAGUAAAUGCCUAAUGGGCAAGGCUAGAUAAUCAGGUUAUAUGCACUGGGGAGUUCUGUCUUGGGCGAUAAGAAUAAAAUCAGUUCAAGGGUUCAUUUUUCUUCCUCCUCCUCUCCCAGGUUCACAUGGGAAUCAGUUACCUUCCCAUGUGAUGCUAACGAUGUCCCUGGGGAGGUGAUGUACAACAUCACUCCAAUUACAGGUGCGACGUGCCAAACACUGGAGCAGAGAAAAAGGGCAACGGCUCUAGUGAGCAAGCCUACGGCUCUCCAUUACAUUCCAGAUUUCUACUCACUUAUUUUUGAGCCAAUUGGAUUCUAAGGUCCCUUAGAGAGACGGCAAAGAGUUCCGGUCUUGCACCAUGACUCCAAGAAACAAAAUGCGUUCAAAUUCAGCAUUGGGCAGGUUAGAGACCUCCAAUGAGCAGAGCAUCCUGAAGGCAGCUGCAGUUCUCACUGAACCAGUGGCUCCUCGGGCUCAAUCCUCUCCGGCUGGGCUGAGGGCACGGAAAUCAGAAACUCAGGCAUCGGCCCCUCCAGAAUGGCUGCUGAAGGAGUACCUAAAAGGGCAAAGGAUGAGAAGCCAUUCUAUAGACAUGGAAGAUAUAGCCCAGGGGAAAACUCCACCACAUCGCAUGGAUCUGACCAGGAGCUGGAGGAGAGGAAAGAUUGAACAUCAAGUGACCCUGGAAGAUCUGAAAAAAAUACACAUAGCUUUUCAGGAAUUUGAAAAAAGAGGCCGAAAAUUCCUGGACAUGGACACAUUCUUAUGGAUAAUGAAGAAGUGUGUGAAGUCACCUAAUAAAUGUAAUGAGCAAAUAGAACAACUUUUCAUGAAAAUAGAUUGUACAGCAACUGGUGGAAUUCAGUGGGAUGACUUCUGUACCUACCUACAGUUAGAGUAUUCAGAACAGGCCGACUCAGUGGCCCGUCAGAGGGAAGUUUACUUCACCCUGCCUGCCUUGUCCCAGGGGCUAUCUCACAGUGGGCCUGUCCUCCGCAUUUUCUCUCUGCCUGAUGAUACCUUAAUCAUGAUGGGAGAAGAUGGAGUCAUUUCUUUCUGGUCGCCACAGCUGACAUUGAAAAGAAGAAAGCUGGUUUUUGACAAAACCAUUAACCGGAAAUCUAAGUGGGUGACAGAUUUCAUAAGCAUGCCACAGUAUAACAAACUGAUCAUUGGGACUGGCUACGUGGAUCCUGACAAAUGCUUGAUUUUGUAUGGCGAUGACCAGGGGUGUGUGAACAUUCUGUUUUUGGCUUCUGUAGGAGAGCUAUUAAGAACCUGGAAGAAGCUGCCUCCAGUCGAAAACAUGCCAACUGUUAGAAUUGACCGUGCAGUAUGUUCUCCCAACGUCAAAUAUGUUCGUUGGAAAGUUCAUGAAGACUGGGUGACUCAGUUGAACUACUAUGAUUCCAUUCAAGUCAUCAUUUCUGCCUCUAUCCAUGAGCCCACUGCUUUAGUAAUAGGGUGUACCACUGGAACAACAAAUGUGGAGCAAAAGAUGAAGGAAAUAAAGGCUGUUAAGAAAGAUGGAAAAGUAAGAAAAUGGCACCAAGCAUCCCUUGGUCUUCCUCAGAGGCGAGCAGAGGGGGAUCAGACAGUUUUCCGAGUGCAUAAAGGAGUCAAAACAUUUUCUUUCUGUAAAAGAAACAACUUGCUACUAACAGGGGGAAUGGAUAGAGUAAUUCGAAUAUGGAACCCCUAUGUUCCAGGAAAACCAACAGGCAUGCUGAAAAGCCACCUAGCUCCAGUCUUUUACCUCCACAUAUCAGCAGAGGAGAACAGAAUAUUUUCGAUGUCUACUGACAAUACCAUCAAGAUCUGGGAUCUUGAGAACCACAACUGCUUGUUCACUGCCUGCCCCAAAGCCAGUGGCAUCCAGGGGGAGCUUACAGCUUGUCAUUACCUGUCCAACAUCAAAGUACUAUGUGUUGCCACAGAUUCUGUCUCUCUACUGCAUCUAAGGAUGAGAGCUCGCCUUGGGCCUCACCUGGUGGUUUCUCAUAAGGAGCCUGUAGUGUGCUGCAGGUACAACAAGACAUUUGGACAUGUGGUUAGCUGCUCACAAGGGUCUGUUAUUAAAGUGUGGGAUUUUGAAACAGGAAUGUUUCUGUCUGAAUUUAUUGGAGCUCAUGGCAAUGCAGAAAUCACCUGCUUGACUUUUGAUUCCAGUGGGAGAAGACUGAUCACUGGUGGCAGAGAUGGAUGUUUACGAAUCUGGAACUAUAACAGUGGGCACUGUCUGAAAACUCUGACCCAAGAUGAAAAGCACAAUGAAGUCUGUGACUGUACCUAUGUAGAAGUUUUUCAAAAUAAGUACAUCAUAGCUGUGGGAUGGGACAGAAGAAUAAACAUAUAUUUUGAUUCUCCUCAUGACUUCCAUCACUUUUGGAAGCCUCAACCACAUUGGCCAGAUGAUCUGAUCCGGGGACAUAGGGAUGAUAUUUUAUGUGUGGCUCAGUGCCCACCUUCUCUUCUUGCUACCUCUAGUUAUGAUGGAGAAAUUAUCAUUUGGAAUAUGAACUCAGGACACAUUUAUUGUAAGCUAAACAUACCUGUCCCUACUCCCUGCUCUGAAGACUCAGAAGAUAGAAGUGUUUCUUAUCUCACAUUCCUAAAGACCCGUGCAGCCAAAUUUGAAUCAACAGCUGCUUCUCUCAUUUCCAAUGGGCCCCAAGGUUCUGUUAUCUUCUGGAGUCUAUUCAGUGGGGCUCAGCUCCUAGCCAGCUUCAUACCUUCCAGAGGAAAAUCCCAGAUCAGUAGCAUUGUGGUGACGACAAUAGAUACCUGCGCCUAUGUGGCAGACCACCAGGGUUACGUGUAUACCUACGACAUCAAGGACUAUGCUCUUGAGGGACCUGAGCAAGAACCACCCAAAAAUGUCAAGAUCUGGAGAGCCCACGUUAAUGCAGUCACUUGUUUAGAGCUGGUAGAGAAAGAAAAGGUUCUAUUGUCUUCCUCCGUUGACUGUACAAUUCGUCUUUGGAGCAUGAAUGGAGAGUAUAUAGGGACUUUUGGGCAGAGUGAGCUCUGGGAUGUUUUUAUAUCUGCCUCCUGGAAACAUCCUAUGGUACCCAAUGAAAUCUUGAUGGAUCCACAGAGUAUGCCAUUACACCAAAUUUUAGCAAAAGAUGUUUCAACUUUACAAAUUAAUCAACUGGAGGAAGACAAAAUAAUUCAGGAGAAAUCCCGUGCUAAGCCUGAACAGACUUUGGACAUCAGCAUCCUUGAAGAUCAUCCCACUGAUCUUGAAAGAGACAAAGAAAUUCACAUACAAGCUCCUAAGCAAAAAAGGUUGCCACAAGAACGGAACAAGAAUUCCUACAAGCUAUUUAACCCUGGGUGGCCUAAUGCUUACCACACACUCAAAUGUCAUGAGGUUGCCAGUAUUCCAUCAAUAGGAAGAAAACCAGAUUUAUCUGUUAUUGGUAUUGAAGAAAAGAAUAACUAA